GUUAUGGUGCCAUGGAGCACGUCUUUCCCUCCGUUUUCCGUGUUUCCUUCCACGCUUUCCUCGCGAUCGACCGACCGACUCGCAUUUUGGUCCGGUAGGUUAGGUUAGGGUCGUUGCGAUGCGAACAAGGUGGGGGGGAAAGCGGGACGGAGGAGGGAUAACCGGACUCCCACCGUUCCACGAUUCGCUUCGCACUUCAGUUGCCUCGCGUACGUCGAAUCGUGAACGUGUAUCCCGCUCUCUUGCUUCCCGGUCACUGGACACGUUGUGUUGUAUCUCGUUUUAUCGCGUUUCCUUAUCGAAUUCCGACAUCGUGAACUUGGUGCCAUCGAGGUUUCAGCUCUUCCUUACCGACGGACUCGAAACUCGAAGUCGACUCGAUCAGUUUUCGAAUGUAAUUGGCCGAGAUUUUCGGUAAUGGUUCGGCACGAUGUUUCCCCUCGGAGCAACGUUUGUGAACAACAAAUCUGAAGUGAGCCAUGAAGUGAGUCUAUGUGCAGUGUCUAGAUUCGUCGAAUGAUCGAAUCUCGUGACUCGUGGAAAGAGGUUUACGAUCGCUGGCCCGUGGCAUGUGUUGACUUCAUGGUGUUCGAGAGCGUCGAGAUGCGGAACCCAGGGUUCCUCCUCGAAGACGCCAGACACGGAUACAUUCAGUAUAUCAGCCUGAGCGAAUGUUACUUUGCAGGCAAGGGGGCGGCCUUGGUUUUACCUCCGAACGAAAGGGCCAGACCCUCGAGAAGGGUAUCCGCGGCAGGAUGCGAUAUUCAACAACACUUGCAAUCCAUGUUCUAUCUCCUCAGACCGGAGGAGACCCUCAAAAUGGCGGUGAAACUGGAGUCGGUGCAUCCAGGAAGGACGAGAUACCUGGUGGUUGUAUCCUGCACUGGGAGGCAGGAUGCGGAGGAAAGCUGCCUUCUGGGUAUCGAUUGUCACACUAGGGCGACCGUUGGUCUCGUGCUUCGGGUACUGGCCGACACUGCCAUUACACUCGACGGUGACGGAGGGUUCAGCGUCAGCGUUUGCGGUUCCCAGCACAUCUUCAAGCCGGUAUCGGUUCAGGCGAUGUGGUCGGCCUUGCAGACGUUGCACAAAGUGUCGAGCAAGGCGCGCGAGCAAAACUACUUCCUAGGUGGGCUGUCGCACGACUGGGUCAGUUACUAUGAGCAACGAAUCGAGAGCGAUCGCUCGUGUCUCAACGAGUGGCAUGCUAUGGACAACUUGGAAUCUCGGAGACCACCGUCGCCGGACAGCGUACGCACCAAACCCAGAGAAAGGGACGAGACCGAGCGGGUGAUCCGAUCGACGUUGAAGGAGAUCAUGAUGUCCGUGGAUCUGGACGAGGUUACCUCCAAGUAUAUUCGAGGCCGUCUCGAGGAGGACCUCGACAUGGAUCUCGGUGAGUUUAAACCGUUCAUCGAUCAGGAGAUGCUCACCAUUCUCGGCCAGAUGGACGCCCCGACCGAGAUAUUCGACCACGUUUACCUGGGGAGCGAGUGGAACGCGAGCAACUUGGAGGAGCUCCAGAAGAACGGGGUGAGGCACAUAUUGAACGUGACACGGGAGAUCGACAAUUUUUUCCCCGGGAUGUUCACGUAUUUGAACGUGCGCGUGUACGACGACGAGAAGACGGACCUGUUGAAGCAUUGGGACGACACGUUCAAAUACAUCACGAAGGCGAAGAAGGAGGGGUCGAAGGUGUUGGUCCAUUGCAAGAUGGGGGUGUCGAGGUCUGCCUCGGUCGUGAUCGCGUACGCGAUGAAGGCGUACAAUUGGGAUUUUUCCCAGGCGUGGAAACACGUGAAGGAGAAGCGGAACUGCAUCAAACCGAACAACAGCUUCCUCCUUCAAUUGGAGACGUAUCAGGGUAUAUUGGACGCGAUGAAGAACAAGGAGAAGCUCCAGAGAUCCAAGUCGGACACCAACUUGAAAUCGCCCACCUCGCCCAAGGACGGUCGAACGUUGAAGAAGGAGGAGAAAUCCGGGAACCCGGGCGAGGAGGAGGACGGGUUGCGGGGUGUCGAGUUCUCGGGAUCCGAGUUGAAAAAGAGCGGGCAAAGGCCGAAAAGUUGGUCGCCGAACGUGAAAAUUUCCGAGACCAUGCUGCCCUCUGUUCCUCUCUCGCAGUCGCUGGAGAGCAUCGACAAGGCGGGAGGAGGGAGCGCGGAGGUGACCAGGGAGGAUCUUCUUCGGUCGAGGAUGGGUGGGGGUCGGAAAGGUGGCGCGGCGGGGUCGCAGGAGGGGAGGAACGUUUUGAUGCCGUGCGACAACGGGCAAUCGUACAGCGUGUCGCAGAACAAGAUCGUCCACCUGCCGGGGCCCCUCCCUCCGCCCCCACUCCCGGUCCCGGACAGGGCGACGGGGGGGGCUGGCAGGAACGUGAAGGACCGGGUAAACGAGCUCGAGUCAGAGCAGCGGAGCGGGCAGCGGAGGAAAGGGCUGGUGUUGAAUCUGACCAAUCAGUUCGAGGCGGUGAGCAGCAAACCGUCCUCGCCGAGCUCGGAUCCGGAGGAGCAGCCGGUACGGAAGGCAACUACUCACGCAUCGAGUACCGCUUCCGUGAACGAGAACGGCUUCGUGGCCCAGCAAAAUAUAUCCUCCUUAUCUUCGUCUUCGUCUUCCUCUUCGUCGUCGUCGUCGUCGUCAUCGUCGGAAACGUCGAUAACGGUAAACGCGAAGCAAAACCACGCCGCGGCGUGGGAUCAUUCUCGAGACUCGAGGAGAAGAACGGACGAGAAUCGAGGAAACAACGGCGAGUGUCUAGUCUGGACCGACGGUAGUGUUGGUGGUAGUGGUGGUAGUGGUGACGAUGGUGGUGGUGGUAGUGGUGACGUUAAGACGAACGGAGAAGCGAGCGAAUGUAUCGUGACGACGACGACGACGAGUACCGCUACUACGACGACGACGUUGCCGCGAAGGAGCAAGAGAGAAGGUGGGGAUCCGUUCAGCGCGCACGUGGAUCGAGUGUUCGAGCGGGAGGAGAGGCAAGGGGAGCAGGCGAGCGGUGUAACGGCGGCGGCGACGACGACGACGAGGGACUCGCCGAGCAGGCAGAGCUCCUGGAGCAGUUACGACAGCGCCGUGGUCCUCGAGAACAACAACUCGGUGCACAGUUCCUGGGCCACGUUACCAUCGAGGAACAGCUCGUGGGGCUCGUACGACAUGCGGCCGUCCGACCUCCUCGGCUCCAGCGGCCUCUUCCCGUACGACAAGGAGGAUAUACCUUGGCAUCCGGGUACCGUGAAACGUACGAAGCAGAAGCUCGAGGAGGGUAACGCGUCGUCGAGCAGCGUGAAACGCGUGUGCACGCAAAAUUCGGACGGGGCCGAGGAGGAAUCGUACAAUCCUCCUGUACUUUUGCAUCACGCGGCGUCCCCGACGCCUCCCCGCAGAAGGGAUUCCUCGCCCGGUUAUAACAACGGCAAUAAUCAUCGAACCAACUCGAAGAUUAUGGUGGACCCGUUGGUCGUAGUUAGAAAUUGUCCCAGCCCCGCGAGGGGGAUCGAUAUCUCGCCUUCGUCCUCCUCCUCCUCCUCCUCCUCCUCCUCCUCCUCUUCGAUGAUCCGUCAAGUUGGAAGAUUGUCGACCAGCGCCCCGGCACCUUCCUCCCUCUCCUCGGACUCGGAUCUACCCUCGUCGUUGAGAUCGUGCAGAUCGGAGAGCGAGACGUCGUCGAGCCCCUGCGUGGUCAACACCACUCAAUGCCCUUCCGUCAAGCAUCACAAGAUGGUUCUCGAGAAUCUGAACAGCAACAACAACAACACCAACACUAGCACCAAUAGUCACCAGAAGUCGAUGUUCAACAAACAACGUUGCCUGUCCGUCGACGACUCGCCCGUCGAGACCACCGAGUACCCGCGAACCAAUCCUGCCAACGUCGCGGCCAUCGCCGUCACCACCGCCGUCCCCACCGCGACGACCACCAUCUCCGGCCUCGUGAAGAAUCUGAAGAAGGAGUUCGAGGCGAAAUCGAGCAAAUUGGAGAAGAGUCCGGAGAGCGGCAACAGUUUCGAGAACGAUUCCUCCCCGAUCGUAUCGUAUCCGUCGUCCUCGUCCUCGUCGUCGUCGAUGGUCGUGAUCGGUGGUAGUAGUGGUAGCAAUUGCGGUAGUGGUGGUAGUGGUGGUGGUGGUGGUGGUGGUAGUGGUAGUGGUAGUAGUAGUAGUAGUAGUAGUGGUGGUGGUAGUAGCGGCGGUGGUGGUCGAGGCGCGAAAAGGGACGCGAAGAUUCGAAGCUUGCCCUCGUCACCUGUUAUCCCGCACGACGAAUCCAAGAUUCAGGCUCCGCCCGAAACCAAAGAGAAGGAGAAGGGGACAAGAGGAGGAGGAGGAGGAGGAGGGAAAGAGAGCGCGGAUACGCAGCAGGAGAAUUCGGAAGACCGGUCGGUAAGGGUUCUGGUCGGUAAAUACGAGGUCGGUAAAUCAGAUUCGAGAAAAUCGACCGAGAUCCAAUUGCGGAUGCACAGAGACAAGGAUUGGGAGUCGAUCGAUUCGCAGCAAUCGCAACAACAACAACAACAACAACAACAACGACACGGCAAGUCGUCGAGAAUCACGGCCGAGUAUAGCAGAAGAUCGGCACCGAUCCUGAUCAAUAAUCAUUCGUCCUCGUCCUCGUCCUCCUCGUCGUCACCGUUGUUCGGUGAAACGGCGCCGGAAGCACCAGGCAGGCCACCGGUCCCAUCCGCGGGAACCGGGUCCACGGGUAGCAAGAAACAACAACAACAACACGGCAGGACGCAUCCUCUCGCCAGGCUGCAGGUCAGGCCUAGGCACAGCAGUCCGGUUUAUAACACGAUGUAAAAUAAAAAAAAAAAUAAACGAAGAGAGAAGAAGAAGAAGAAGAAGAAGAAGAAGAAGAAGAAGAAGAAGAACGUUUAUCGAUUGGUUCUCUUCUCUCUCUCUCUCUCUCUCUUUCUCCUCUCUCUUCAACUCUCUCUUUCUCUCUCUCUCCCUUCCCCUCUCUCGAAUUCGAGCGCGCGUACCUGAAUACACGGGUAUGUUGUCGUGACCACAAUGUGAAAACCGCGUGAUCUCUGUACGAUGCCAACGAGACGAGAAUCAUCCUGUUCGAGCUCGACGACGAAUCGACGGGGACUCGGAUAUUUGUAUAGAUUUGUUUCCCACCAUCUUCGAUGUGUACAAUUUUACCCUAUUCGGCGAGAAUGUAAUCUAUUUCUGUGCGACGAUACGACAGAGCACCCGUAUUUUUUCGAUGCGUAUUUCUUCGAACGGGCAAGGUGUUGAAACGACGACGACGACGACGACGACGACGAUAAUACGAUGAACUUUUCUUCGCGCGUUGAAAAAUCGCGUUUUAUCCCAACAACGAGUAUCGUUGCCACGCAAAUUUCGUUCCGAUUUUUAUAUCCGCGAUAAUCGAAUCGGAAAUUCGUUCGUGUUCAAAA